CCAUACUGACGCGGCGCUCAGCUCGGUGCCAGCGGCCACACGAGGCAGAGAAAGGCCGCGGGGUGAGGGCUGUAAACUGGUUUGCAGUGCCACACAGCACACCUGGGUCAUUGCUCCUUUAUUUCUUCCUGCAUGUAAAAUCCAUCCCGGUGGAGGUUGGACAAGUGAUGGAGUUUUUAUUUCAGGGGCAGAACCCAAAAAAUGAGUUUGUGCCGACUUGUUCAAUAGAAAUGUUUUCCUCUCUGGCUUUUUAGGUUCACCAAAAAGAGGAAAAAAAAAAUAGAAGAGGCGAACAAACACUCAAACGUUUCAUUUUGGGUCAAGUCCAAACAUUUUGUUUAACAUGAAACAAAAUGUUUGGGUUUGGUUUCAGGCUGUUUAACCCUUCUGAAUACGGUCAAGUUGAUUUGUAAAGAAAAUCGUUGCUCAGAAAUUCAGAGCUGAAUAAUUGUUUGGAAAGUACAGGUCCAGAGCACAUUGGAAAUGCUGAAGUUAAAAAUUCUAAAAAUAAUAAAGCGAAGGGAAAUUUGAGGAUUUUUUUACUCAUUCUCAAUUUGAUAUUUUUUUUUCCAGCCCAAAUGCUGUCAAAUUCCAUUUCAAUUCCGAAAUCACAUCUGUAACCCAAAGUCACUCAUUUUGCAUUUUCAUGGUGUGCACCGGAGCGUUGGCUUGAGGCUCAGGCAAAACGAUGCCCUUGUGUUAGCCAGGCUGCUGUCAGAACAAGCUCUGUUCCACCAGCUCGUUAGGACUCAGUAAUUAGUGAGCAGGAGCAGGUGGGAGCAGGAUGCGGCUCAGCUCCCGCAGCGCUGCACUCCUCCUGCCUGGGCUCAGGGCGCACGGCUCCGUCCCCGCAGGGGGACCUGGCUGUGGGUAUUCCUUUGGACCAGAGCAGCUUUGUUUCCUUGCUGCGUUUGGAACAAAAAGUAAGAAACCUAUUUGUUGGGUUUUCCCCCCUUGACAGGAUGAAGGAUCCAAAAUAACAAAUGAAUUGGAAAAGUGCUUGGACGGUUAUUCCAAGCACAGUGUUAGAAUUUCUCAUUCUUUGAGUGCACAACUGUGACCAGGUUCAGGUUCCACUCCGAUUUCUCAGCGUUGAGCCAUUUCCUUUCACCCCACGUCUGUGGGUGCUAUGGGGCGAGCUGUGGGGCCAGGCUGCAGUGCGGGCUUGUUGGCCGCUCCAUCCACCACUGUGUUGUGCCUCCAUUGCAGUUUCAUUGGUUCCCCAAACUGGUGCCAGGCAACAGAUGGACAUCAAAGCAGCGUGGAUUUAAAGAAGAGCCCAUUUGCACCUGGAUUGAUUCUGAUAGAGUUGAAUUCAAGUGCUGAAAAAUACCAAAGACGAGCUCAAAAUGACAGCGAGGAGCUCAGCUUGGGUUGGCACAUGGGGCAGGAAUCUUUGCCUUCAAAUAUUAAUUAGGAAUAGUGGGUCUCCACCAAUAAUAGUGGGGUUCCAUCGUGGGAAAAAGCAACCGCAGAGCAAAGUUAACCCUCGUUUUCCUGCACCCCCAGCGAGGACCCGUGGCGGGCGGCGAAGAUGAUCAAGGGCUACAUGCAGCAGCACAACAUCCCGCAGCGCGAGGUGGUGGACGUCACCGGCCUCAACCAGUCGCACCUCUCGCAGCACCUCAACAAAGGCACCCCCAUGAAGACACAGAAGCGGGCUGCCCUCUACACGUGGUACGUCCGCAAGCAGCGGGAGAUCCUGCGGCAGUUCAACCAGACAGUCCAGGGGUGUGAAAAUAGGACAGACAAAAGCAGUCAGGAUCAGCUGCUGUUUCUCUUUCCAGAGUUCAAUCAACAGAACCAGGGGGCUGGCCAGCUCGACGAUGCCAGCGCCGAAACCCCCAGCAAGAAGAUGCGCCGCAACCGCUUCAAGUGGGGGCCGGCCUCCCAGCAAAUCUUGUACCAAGCCUACGAGCGCCAAAAGAACCCCAGCAAGGACGAGCGGGAGGCGCUGGUGGAGGAGUGCAACAGGGCCGAGUGUCUGCAGCGAGGGGUGUCACCCUCCAAGGCACAUGGGCUUGGCUCCAACCUGGUGACGGAGGUGCGUGUCUACAACUGGUUCGCCAACCGGCGGAAGGAGGAGGCUUUCCGCCAAAAGUUGGCCAUGGACGCCUACAGCUCAGGCCAGCCCCCGCACAGCAUGAACCUGCUGCUGUCCCAUGGCUCCCCGCACCACAACCAGCCCAGCGCCUCACCGCCAAGCAAGAUGACAGGAGUCCGGUACGGCCAGGGGGCGAGCAGCGAGGCGGCAUCCUCUGGGGCCAUCAGCCACCAUGGCAGCGGUGCCAUGGUCACCACCAGCCAGGCGGUCCUGCAGCAGGUCUCCCCAGCCGGCUUGGACCCGGGCCACGGUUUGCUCUCUCCCGACGGUAAAAUGAUAUCUGUGUCGGGCGGUGGGCUGCCGCCGGUGAGCACCCUGACCAACAUCCACAGCCUGUCCCACCACAACCCGCAGCAGUCCCAGAAUCUCAUCAUGACGCCGCUCUCAGGAGUCAUGGCUAUUGCACAGAGUCUGAACACCUCGCAGGCACAGAGCGUCCCUGUCAUCAACAGCGUGGCCGGCAGCUUGGCGGCCCUGCAGCCGGUGCAGUUCUCGCAGCAGCUGCACAGCCCACACCAGCAGCCACUCAUGCAGCAGUCGCCCAGCCACAUGGCCCAGCAGCCCUUCAUGGCCACCGUCACCCAGCUGCAGAACUCGCACAUGUAUGCACACAAGCAGGAACCUCCCCAGUAUUCCCACACCUCCCGCUUCCCCUCGGCGAUGGUGGUGACAGACACCAGCAGCAUCAGCACGCUCACCAACAUGUCUUCCAGCAAGCAGUGUCCCCUGCAAGCCUGGUGAUGCUUCACACCUCGCUGCCUUUGCACAUAGCAACGGGAACUUAUUUUCCACAACAUCCCGCUGGUGACCCACGCGUCGAGCCAGAGCGAAGCUCAGUGCUGCGGCGAGGUGCUCAUUACCCCGACAUGCGGCCGGAGCCUUGCAACCCUGCGCUGGGGAUCAGCCCGAACCCGAACCACGGGACCGCGCCUCUCCUCCCCUCCACGCAGUAUUUCCGAGACGUGUCCUGGGGAUUGUUUUUUUCCUAAGUAUUUGCCUUCCAAGAGGCCAUUGGCUUUCCUGAGGAAAUAGGAACAAGCUGUACUGGGACGUGGCAGAAGAUGGAUCGUAUUUAAGUUAUACUCCUCCACUCGAUGGACUGACAGAGACCCGGGUCUGUUACUUGGCUUUUGGAAGGAGGAAUCUCGUGCUGUUGAACUGAGCCAGUUAAACUGUAAAUAUAGGUACAGUCUGCUCCACCCUCACCCAUCCCCACUCCUAUACAUAGAGAUAUAUAUAAAAGAGGUAAAUUUUGUCCAAUUGAUGUAAACUAUUGUAAUUAAGUGCAAUUCCCCCAUCUGUAUAUAUUGUUCCUGCUUUUCUUCUCUCCCUCUGUCUUAUUUUUAUUUUUUUUGGUAAAGGUCAGAGCUCUGCAUGGUUUUGGUUUUGUAUUUUCUUCCUUCAAUGGAGUUAAUUAACGAAGAAAGCCCUGUGCCUCUGCAGAGACACCAGCUCCCUGCCUCACAGAGGGACAGGCACCAAGCUGAGCCCCAGCAGCUGGCUCCAGGACUGGGUGACACGAGGAGCUCAGGGGACUCCUGUGUUUGGGGACAUAGAGUGGGGUGGGUCACUCCACAGCCAGUGCUUGUCCCAGCCUAGCACCCACUGGGGACGUCGUGCUGCGCACUGCCAGAGCCUUGCCCUGCUGCAUCUACCCGAGUCUGACUUUCCAAAGCUGUGAAAGGCAUCAUCUCAUCUGCUGUGGGACAUGAGCUCCUCCAUAUCCACAUCCCUUUGGAAAUGGAUCUAAUGCUCCUUGGUUGUUUAAUUUUUUUUAAACUUUGUCAUGUGUGCCAAAUGCUGAGAGUGCUUUAAAGAGGUGAAGAGCAGUGGAGGUGCUGUGGACAGUCAGCCAUCGCUCAGAAGAACACUGGAUGCUUUUUCUGGGGCACUAUUUUAUGGUGUAUUUGUACAAUAACCAUUGCCAGGACUGAUAGGAGCAACCCUAUGUCAGGAAUAAGUCAUCGUGAAUCGGAGACUGAUAUUCAAAUCACAUUUAAUUUAAUGUAUACCAUAAUUAAAAACCAUUUUUUCAGA